AUGCCCUUCAAUACCCAAAACCAACUUAAAGAUGUCGAUGCAUCCACCUUCGAUAUCGUCAAGGUUGAAGCGUUCCACAACACCAGGCUCGGAACGGUGCUUGCGUACAUAUGGCAAUGGUUCCAGCUAAUACUCAUGCUUGCCAUUUUGGCUGCUGAUACCUACACCUGCGUCAACAUAUUGGUGUUUAAUAGAUGGUCGAGCGGGGAGUAUCAAGUGUACGAGUACAAGGUUGCCAAGUGGAUAUUCACAGGCUGUAUUUUGUUCAGAUACGCCUUGAUGAUCUACCACCUUGCGUGGGGCAUCUAUAUCUACAGAACGAAAAACAUUGCUCUAGCAUACUUGAACAAUGUGGCCAAGCUCAUGUACAGACUACGUCAUUACGACUACCACUGUUUGUUUCAUGAAAUUGAGCAGGAAGGUUUCUUCGACUGGGCGUGUUUCUUGGUGUACGAAGAAAUUGACAAUGCCUUGGAGAUCCUUGUGGCUGAUUUGCCCAGACAGGUGGUGAAUAUCCUCACGUUGCGCUACUAUGCUACUGGAGGUGACCAAAACAACGACAUAUUAGAAAACAUCAGAGCAAUUGCCACCACCAACGUUCGUCUCUCGGUGAUUCUCUCCCUUCAGUUGGCUUCGGUAGCGCUCUUUGCAUUUUUCUUCUUCAAAUUCUUGUUGGGAAUGCUUCUCUAUAUCCCCAUCAGGGUGAAGGUGUCUCAUAAGGGAUUCAAGCUGUUGAAGCUGUACUGCUACGAUAAUGUCAACGAUAAGGUGCGUGCACUCGUGACAAGAAACCACAAGUCGAGAAAGCAAAUUCUCGAGGAAGGCAUAAUGGAUUUGGAGGAGAUUCGCGAGAACCCUCUCCUUGGGUCAGAGUCGCUGUUGGAUUUGUUGACCAAGGAAAUGAGUCUGUCAUUUGUUUCUCAUCAUCACACGGCUGCAACUCUGGCAAGUCUACGAAAGCCUGCUCCUCUAGCGUAUACAUCAACAGCAUUUGCAUCAAGUAAACCAGAGGAGCCCUACAGGGACGUAUCGGGGAACCCAUUUGCAGAUUCCUACGCAAGUCUUCAUAAUAAAACGUCUACGAGAAACCUCUGCCCGAAUGAGCUGUUCACAAACCCAUUUGGAGAUUCCGUGGUUUCUGUACCGCUUGCCACAUAUCCACGAGCAAGAAAUGGGUCAGCCUCGUCGCUAACGGAAAUGCCAUAUCCGUCCAGGAGGCCACCUCCACGCCUGGAACAAUCUGCUGCCUCGCUUCAAACAAUGGAGGCGGCCCCUCUUACCAAGGACGACAGUUUCCAGGAGUUGUACGAGUCACGGGGGUCAAGCUUGUCGUCGACGCCCAGUCAGGAAAAGCCCUCGCACACCCCUUACCCUGUGAGAGGCGUUUCCAUGUAUGGCGCCGAGGAUCUCGACAAAUGA